AGGACUAAAGGUCCAGAAAUUAGUAGACCCCAUAGUCAGUGUCCUYGCAGACAACCGCASGAUGCRCGUUGAGGACUAUGUAGAGGGAGUCCAGGCGUACUUUCGCCUAGAGAAGGAUGGGAAGGUGGAGAAAGUUCUCCAUUCCCUAACUCUCCACAUACAAGAUGACCUUCCUUUUGAUAUAGUGUUGGGAAUGGAUUGGGGAGAGGCAGCAGGGGCCACACUUCAUUUGAGAGAGUAUGAGUGUAGGCUCCCUAGUCCGGCGGGCGAAGUUAAGACUGCCCGCUUGUUCCAUGUGUCUGGUGUAGAUAACACCUUGACACAUUGUUGUCUCAGUGCUCCCGCAUUCGCGCGAUUAGUAAAGAAGGAGCAGUUAGAAGACCAGGUCUUUGUAGUUUAUGUUAGACUUGUCACCGAGGCCCAGGAAAAGGAUAGCUCCACAGAUCCAACAAUUGCCAAGCUGCUGGAAGAAUUCAAAGACUUGACUGAGUCGCCAACAGGAGUAGUGUCGCGACCCAUCCAGCACAGGAUAGAGAUAGAGCCUGGCAGUAGAACUCCUAAGGGUGCAGUCUACAGGAUGUCCCCUAGAGAGUUAGAGAAGCUUCGCAAGCAGUUAGACGAACUCCUUGAGAAGGGUUGGAUUAGGCCCAGUUCGUCUCCUUUUGGAGCACCAGUCUUGUUUGUCCCCAAAAAGGAAGAAGAGCUUCGUAUGUGCAUAGACUAUAGGGGUUUGAAUGCGAUCACCGUGAAGAAUGCUGAGCCGCUGCCCACGAUAGACGAUCUUUUAGAUCGGGUGCAGGGUUGUAGGUACUUCUCCAAAAUAAACUUGAAGUCCGAAUACCAUCAGAUAGAAGUCCAUCCUGAUGAUCAGUAUAAGACUGCAUUCCGGACUAGAUAUGGGCACUAUGAGUUUAUAGUGAUGCCCUUUGGACUAACCAACGCGCCAGCCACUUUUCAGCGUUGUAUAAAUGACCUGUUUAGACCAUGGUUAGAUAAGUUUGUAGUAGUCUAUCUAGACGAUAUCCUAGUUUUUAGUAAGACCCUCCAGGAGCAYCAGGGUCAUCUGAGGCAGGUCUUGGAGAAGCUCAGAGAGGCUAACUUCAAGAUCAACGCGAAGAAGUGCGAGUGGGCCAAGACGCAAGUUUUGUACUUGGGCCACGUAUUAGACGGAGAUAGCAUCAAGCCAGAGGACAGCAAAAUCGCGGCGAUUAGAGAUUGGCCGACGCCCCGCACAUUGACAGAGUUACGGUCGUUCCUAGGCUUAGCUAACUACUAUAGGAAGUUCGUGAGGAACUUCUCCACUGUCGCCGCUCCCUUGUGCCGAUUGCUGAAGAAAGAGGCAAUCUGGCAAUGGGACAAAGACUGUACGUCUGCGCUCAAGAAGCUAAAGCGCGCGUUAAUAGAGUAUCCAGUCCUCAAAGUUGCAGAUCCGUCUUUGCCAUUUGUCGUCACCACGGACGCGAGUCAGUAUGGGAUAGGUGCCGUGUUGCAGCAAGACGACGACAAUGGCUAUAGACCCGUAGAGUUCAUGUCAGCGAGGAUGCCCUGUGAAAAGGUUGCUGUCUCCACGUACGAGAGAGAACUCUACGCUCUCAGGCAGGCUUUAGAUCAUUGGAAGCACUACCUGCUUGGGAGGCACUUCAAAGUGUAUUCGGACCACGAAAUGCUCAAAUGGUUAAAGACUCAGGCCAAGAUGACACCUAAGUUGACUAGGUGGGCCGCAGAGAUAGACCAAUUCGACUUUGAGCUCAAGCCAGUGAAGGGCAAGUACAACGUAGUUGCGGAUGCUCUGAGUAGGAGAUCAGACUACUUUGGAGCUGUAGUACACUAUCUGGAUAUAGGGAGAGACCUGCAGGAGAAAGUGAGGCAAGCAUAUGCCCAGGACCCUAUCUAUAGCCACCUCCUAAAGAGAGUUAGAGAGGCCCCAGAGACUGAACCAGAUUACCGCACUACAGACGGGUUGUUGUUUGAGAAGACUAAUGUGUUUGACCGCCUGUGCGUUCCCAACAGCGGAGAGAUCCGCAGUUUGAUUUUAGGGGAAUGCCACGAUACUGAAGGGCAUUUCGGUUGGCAAAAGACAUUAGCCAACCUGAUGCGUGCAUAUACCUGGCCAGGAAUGAAGAAUGACUGCAUAGAGUAUGUCCGCAGUUGUAAAGUGUGCCAGAGGAAUAAGUCUACUACACGCGCGCCCCUAGGUCUUCUCAGACCCUUGCCUAUUCCGGAUCAGCCGGAAGACUCAGUGUCCAUAGACUUCAUGGACACUCAAGUCAAGAGCAGACAUGGUAAGAGCCAAGUCAUGGUCAUAGUCGACCGUUUUAGUAAGUAUGCAGUUUUUGUUCCUUUGCCUGCAGAGGCCCGUACAGAUUUAGUAAUACAGAAGUUCUUUGACUCUUGGGUUAGUGAGAAUGGAAUCCCAUUGUCAAUAGUUAGUGAUAGAGAUAGUCGUUUCACCAGCCAGAACUGGCAAGAACUCAUGAGAGUCUAUGGAUCUAAGUUGUUAAUGUCGUCCGGCCGUCACCCCGAGACUAACGGUCAGACAGAACAGAUGAACAAGAUCCUACAGCAAGUUCUGCGCAUGUAUAUUAGACCAGAUCAGAUCAACUAGGAUGAGAUGUUACCCAAGGUCGCUAGUGCGUACAACAACAACGUGCAUCUAUCCACCUGUUGCACUCCCAAUGA